CACGUGUUAAUUGUCAGUGGUCCUCACUGCAAACUCCUGCUGAAAACUGCACCACCCUUCGGAAACGCGCUUCUAUGGCUCCCAGUUUCGGGACUACAUAUCCCAGAAGCCUUCAGUCCAAGACCACUUCCUGUCUGACGCCUUCCGGUCCAAAGACUGGUGCGGAGAGACCUGGUUUCCCGGCGUUGCCACCGGUUAGCAGGGAGGGAAAAAGUCAUGGAGGCCUCAGCUGAAGCACUGUAAACACGAUGUGGGAAUCUUUGAGGCCCUCAUCCACGGAUUCGAGCAGUAUGUUGUUUUCCUUGCCGAGUGAAGUGACGUAGUCUAAACCCGGGGCCUGCGCGUGAGUCCGUCAGGUUCUUGACUUAAUGCGUGUCCGGGCGCCGGACUACAUUUCCCAGAGUGCACCGUACCUGAGGCAAUUUCCUAUCCUCUGUAAGACUUCUUUCCGCACCUUGGAGAGAGAUCACUUGAAGUCUGUGGAGGUUUGCCUUCCUUUAGGGGGUCUCAGGACGGGACUGGGGACUCUGCUUUGCGAAGAGAGAAAUCCGAAAGACCUGUUGACUGUUGGAAUUUUAAAUCAUGGCCCGUCAAGUUAUGUCUUUCAGAGAUGUGGCCAUAGAUUUCUCCCAGGAAGAGUGGGAGUGCCUAAACCCAGAGCAGAGGAACUUGUACACAGAUGUGAUGUCUGAGAACUACAGCAACCUUGUCUCAGUGGGACUUUAUAUUUAUCAACCACACGUGUUCUCCUUAUUAGAAAAUGGUCAAGACCCCUGGGUGGAUUUGAGUGAUGAGACAAGAAGACUUUACCCAGACAUUCAUCCCAUAGGGCAGACUAAGAAGUUAUUACAAAAAAAUGGCACUUCUGAAACAGAAGUGUGCCAGUGGGAAAUCCUGGAAAUUUGUAGAAACCACGGCCUUAGAGAUUUAUGUUUUAGAGGUGAUUGUACAGAAUUAAGUGAGCUUCACAGACAGCAUGAAAAUCAGCAGGAAUAUUUCAAGCCAUCCACAAUCACCUUUGAGAAGAUGUCAACUUCAAACCGGAACAAAGCUUGUAACCAGCACCAGCAACUCAAUACAGGGAAGGGACGGAAUGAAUUUAAAUGUGACAGACUCUUUACUUCUUCCUCAGACCACAGUCAACAUCAGACAGUUCACAAUGGUGUUUCCGGUCCCAAAAGAAUUCACAGCAAGGAGAAACAUCAUAAAUGUAAAGAAUGUGGGAAAGCCUUUAGUCUCAACUCUGACCUUACUCAACAUCAGCGAUCUCACACAGGAGAAAAACCCUAUGAAUGCAAACAGUGCGGGAAGGCCUAUAGCCGGAAAGCUGACCUUAUUGGCCAUCAGAGAAUUCAUACUGGUGAAAAACCUUACCAGUGUAAGGAGUGUGGGAAAGCAUUUACCCGUGGCUCCUACCUGACAGAACAUCAGAGAAUCCACACUGGUGAGAAGCCCUAUGAAUGCACUGAAUGUAGCAGGGCCUUUGUUCAGCGAGCACAUCUUACCAACCACCAGAGGAUUCACACCGGCGAGAAACCUUUUGAGUGUAAGGAGUGUGGGAAAGCUUUUACACGUGGUUCACAUCUAAGUGAACAUCAGAAAAUUCACGAUGGUGAGAAGUUGCAUGAGUGCAAAGAGUGUGGGAAAGCCUGCAUCCACAGUGUGUCUGACCAUCAGAAUGCCCAUGUUGGUCGGAAGCCCUAUGAGUGUGAGAAAUGUGGGAAAGCCUAUAUCUGGAGCUCGAACCUUGCUCGCCAUCAGCGAAGUCAUACAGGAAGGAAACCUUACGAGUGUAAGCACUGUGGGAAGACAUUCAUUUGGGCUUCAUAUCUGGCUCAACAUGAGAAAGUUCAUGAGAAGAAACUCUAUGAGUGUAAGGAGUGUGGCAAGACCUUUCUUCAUGGCUCAGACUUUAAUCGACAUCAGAAGAGUCAUAAGAGUGAGACGAGUGCAGGAAAGGAAUGUGGGAAAACCUUUGGUCAUAGGUCCGAGCUAGAUCAACAUGAGAAAAUGCAUACUGGAAAGAGACCCUAUGAAUGUGAAGAUUGGGGAAAAGCCUUUCUCUGGGGUUCACAACUUCCUCGACAUUAGAGAAUGUGUGUCAGCGGCAAGCUCUUGGUAAUGAAUGUGAGAAACCUUUUGUCUGGGACCCAAACUUACAUGACGUAGAAAAGGCUUCCUACUGAUACUGACCCCUAUCAAUGUUCACAGUUUACUGAGGGAACAAUCACAGUGCCGAAUAAACAGGCUAUGGGAGCUUCUUUCAUUAUGGAAAA